AUGUCCCUCCUUCUUUCUUGUUUCCAGUCGUUUUUAAAAAAGUCAAAAUAUCGGUGGCCAGGAUUUGAUGGCGUAAAAUACGAACUUGCAAGAUCAUUAUGUAGUCUACAAGAUAUCUACCCAAACUUUUCAGUCAGCACCAUAGUAAAGAAGCCCGGUGGUGUUGAUGACGUAGCACAACAACCGCAGAAGUUCACCGUGAUUGUGGACCAAGCUGGAGAAAGCAAACUGGCCGUAGAUGAAUGA